AUGUUGAAUUAAAAAAAUUAGUAAAAGACAAUCCAACAAAUUGCAAUUAUCCCCCGCAUUAAUUAAUUUCUUUCACGGGGUACUUAUGUAAUUUCCUAAAAUACCGUCUUCGUGCUCUGUCCCACCUAUAAAUAUGCCAUUUUCUUCCUCUUGUUCUCCCUCCAUCUCCAUUGCAAUCAUUUUAUAUCUUCAGUUGUAUGUAUAUAUAUAUGUGUAUAUAUAUCCAGAGAGAUAAACAGAGAGAAUGGGAGGGCAGAAGUUUGCGGUGCUUCUCUGCGCGGAGGACUCGGAAUACGUGAGGGAAAUUUAUGGCGGUUACUACGGAGUUUUUGUUAGGAUGCUCAAGGAGGAAGGGGAGGAAUGGGACGUAUUCAAGGUACUGAAAGGAGAGCUACCGGAGGACGACGUAGUCGGCGAUUACGAAGGCUUUGUGAUCACCGGUAGCUGCAAUGACGCUUACGGUAACGAAUUUUGGAUCUGCAGAUUGCUGGCUCUGGUAGCGAAAUUGGACGCGAUGAAGAAGAAAGUCCUCGGCAUUUGCUUCGGCCAUCAGAUACUGGGACGAGCAGUGGGAGGAAAGAUUGGAAGAUCGAAUAGAGGAUGGGAUAUAGGAAUAUCAAAGAUUGAGUUGUACCCAUCGAAUAUAUUCACAAGUUUGAAAAUGCCAGAGUCCCUCUCCAUCAUAGAGUGCCACAGGGAUGAGGUAAGGGAGCUUCCAGAAAAAGCAGAAAUUCUGGGAUAUUCGAGCAAGACAGGAAUAGAGAUGUUUAUGUAUGGGGAUCACUUGAUGGGCAUCCAGGGUCACCCCGAGUAUGACAUGGACAUCCUCCUCCACCUCAUCCAACGCAUAUUCAACCUCGGACUCAUUCAGGAGUCCCUGGCAGAAGAUUCCAGGAGUAAGUUGGCAAAUGGGGAGGUAGUAGAGGCUGCUGAUAUUGAAGCCUGGAAAAAACUGUGCACCACCUUUCUCAAGGCAGCGCAGCGGAUACGACCAAACGAAUACGUAUGCACCCACACCAAAGGUUGCGACGCCUACCAACAAACGCCAUGUAUACGUAUAUAUAUACGUAUACAAGCAAACUGAAUCCUCCCUUACCUGCGCACAAAACAACAAUUCAGCGCAGAGACCGAUUAAUAAUGCGGCGAGCGGAGUCGGAGUACAGCGGAUGGGGCGCCGGAUCGGUGGUAGCGAUGCUGUGUGUGGUGAUACUGAUGGUUUUCCUUCCCCUCGUAAUGGAUUCCGGUCAGGUUCGUCGACCGCCGUCGUUCUCUGCGCUGUUUGUUAUUCCCCUGCUUUUGGCCGCCAUUCUCCUCCUCCUUUCUCACGCCUCCACUAGGAGGCGUUAAUUAGUAUUUCGUAAUUAACUUCUCUCUGGUUGCGCCGGGCGUAUAUAUAUAUAUAUUUGUUCGCCCAAAUUGGGUAGGGCUUUGCUGAAUUGUUGUUAAUUAAAGGAGGAGGGACGUAGCUGCGGCUUCCAUGGCAGUUCGGGAGCUGGGCUCCUGGGUGUAGCAGUUACUGUUUACUCCGGCCUUUAGGACGUGUAUUUUGACGCCCGGUGUUUAAAUGUGUUUGAGAAAAUUG